AUGAAUAUUGCGCCCAUUACAUUGCGCGAUAAUUCCAACAAUUCACAAGGCUGCCUCUCUACCAUUUUCAUACCUCGUGAUUUUGGCCAUCUUUUUCAGAGACCCAGCCUACUUGAUUCACUCACACACCCAUGCACUACACUCUCAGAGUCAUCUAUAGUCCCACAGUCCUAUAGUCCCAACAUUAUAGAAGUCGAUGUUCUUGAAGACUAA